AUGGCUCCUCCGCCGCCAUUUGCUGUCGAGCAGUGGAUGGACGAGUACGAAACGACCGCCAAGUACAACAUAGCCGAGACUUGUUGCGCCAGCAUAUCCAUCAAUGAGCUUGUCUCUCUCUCCGAAAACAAGCAGAUCCAGCCGAGUGACCUGAUCGAUCUGUCAGCCGUCCAGAACUAUGGCGAGAUCAGAGGGUCUCCAGGGCUCCGCAGCAACCUCAGCCGCUUGUACUCCAGCAAGGUAGGCACACCUUUGCCACCGGACAACAUCCUGAUCACGCCAGGAGCCAUUGCCGCAAAUUUCUUGGUCUUCUAUGCGCUUCUCAAGCCGGGUGACCAUGUAAUUUGUCACUAUCCGACGUAUCAGCAGUUGUAUUCUGUACCAACCUCGCUAGGCGCCGAUGUUGACUUGUGGCGGUCUGAGCCGGAAGACAAAUGGCUGCCGGACUUUGAGCACCUGAAGGCGAUGAUCAAGGAGAACACGAGGAUGAUCAUACUGAAUAACCCUCAGAACCCGACAGGCCAAGUCCUUCCAAGGUCUUUACUGCACAAAAUCAUCGACCUUGCGGAAAGCAAGGGCAUUACCAUCCUUUCCGAUGAAGUCUACCGGCCUUUGUUCCACGGCAUAACACCAAUGGACGCCGAGUUCCCACCCUCGAUAUUGUCACUGGGCUACGCCAACACGAUAGCCACAGGCAGUCUCUCCAAAGCCUACUCUCUUGCUGGCGUCCGCGUCGGCUGGAUCGCAAGUCGUAAUCGAUCCAUCAUUGAGCAGUGCGCUCAGGCACGGGAUUACACCACAAUAUCCGUCUCUCAGAUAGAUCAGCAGAUCGCCUCGUUUGCCUUGUCGCCAGAAACGUUGCACUCUUUACUUGGACGCAACAUCCAGCUUGCGAAGGCAAAUUUGGAGCUCCUGGAACGGUUCGUUGUCAAACAUGAUGAGUACUGCUCUUGGGUCAAGCCUGUGGCUGGUACAACGGCUUUCGUAAAGUUUACCCGAGACGGCAAACCAAUCGAUGCUAGGACUCUCUGCACGACGCUACAAGAGAAGACUAGUGUCAUGUUCUUGCCUGGCGAUUGCUUCGGCGAGGAAUGGAAAGGCUAUGUAAGGAUUGGGUAUGUCAACCGAACAGAAGUCAUCAAGGAAGGGUUGGAAGAGGUGAGGAAGUUUAUGCGGAAAGAGUACGAUGACCUGCCGCUAUUUGAGUAG